CCGCCCGCUCGGCUGCGGCUGCGGCCCGGAGUCGAACGGCGGCGGACCCGGAGCGGCCCCCGGUGGCGGCCCCGCUCGGCCCCGCCAUGGCCCGGGACCCGGCCUUCGUGCUGCGCUACCUGGCCGAGGUGGAGGAGCUGGCCGAGGACGUGCUGGCGGCACGGCAGCAGAUCGUGGACCUGGACGUGAAGCGGAACCGCAACCGCGAGGCCCUGCGGGCGCUGCAUAAGGACCCGGAGCCCGACGAGAAGGCCAUGGUCUGCUUCGGGGGCAUGUUCAUCGAGCUGCCGAAGGCGAAGACCCGGGAGAUGCUGCAGCAGGACCAGGAAGAGCUGGAUGAGGAGAUAAACAACCUCCGGAAAGAGCUGCGGGUGAAGGUCAACCGCCUCUAUGAAGCUCAAGGUAAGCCUGAGCUGAAAGGGUUUAACCUGAAUCCCAUGUCUGCUGAGGAAAUGAAGCUCAUCAGCCGCAUCCUGGAGGGCUGAGGUGGCCGUGCCGUUGUCACUGCGUGUUUGGCUGUCACUGCGGGCUCACGUUGCAGUAGCCACAGCCCUUGGGAUUUGCAGGACGUUGGUGUGUCCAGAGCCCACCCAGGUGAGGGCCCUGGGAAUUGUUUGGCUCCUCAGCUGCAGCUCUGCAGUUUCUUUGGACCACAAACCCUUUCCUGCUCUGUGCUGGAUCUUGACACAGUGCUGGGCAAAGGCCCACGGCUGGGGUGGAAGUGGGAUCAUUAAAAUCAGAGCAGUGGGACA